GCGGAAGAAUUUCUUGCUGGAUUGAGCCUCUUGUCUUGUUAUGAUUAUAUUGAUCACUCUUGUGAAUACAUAGUGAAGCAGCUCUCAAGCAUGCAAAAACAAAGUGAAUGUCCUGAAGAAUUUAGGGAGGUUGUGGCAUCCCUGAUGUUUGCAGCUGCAAGAUUUUCUGAUUUGCCUGAAUUGCGUGACCUCAGGGAUCUAUUUCAAGAGAGAUAUGGAAAUUCGUUUGAAUACUUUGCUAAUCAAAAGUUCGUUGAGAGGAUAGCCAUGAAGCCUCCCACAAUGGAGAAGAAACUCAAGCUACUGCAAGACAUAGCAUCAGAAUUCUUAAUAAAAUGGGACUCGAGAGAUUUUGAAAAGAGGAUGGCUGCUCCCCCUGCAUUAGCCCAGGACCAACCUAAGAAAUAUGGGUCUUUCCAUGUCACUGAGGAUCGAAACAAAUUGCCAAAAGCUGAUAAAAAGGAUGUUUCAUCCAAAGAGAACAGUAAGCUUCCAGAUAAUGGUCGUGGAUUGUGUACUGGAACGGAGGGCAAUGUCUUGAGAAGAGAUGAAUUGGACCUUCAGCUCUUUGGAAGAAGGGAGUUCCCCAGUAAUGGACACAACCGGUUUCCACAAGGGCCAUUGAAUGAGAAGGAUGUUAGAGCCAUAAAGUCUGUUAGAUCAAGCAAUACAUCUCAUGGUAAAAAGUUGAAAUCCAUUAAUAGUGGAUACCUUCCACACAGUGAUAGGGUUAAUAUUGUCUCUAAAGCAGAAAGCCAGGAUCAUUUCUCUCAUGGAAAAUCGGAAGUUGGAGGUAUUUGUGUAGGACAAUCUGUAAGGAGUGAUGAUGGAGAUGCCUCCUAUGCGUCUAAUGACUAUGCCAGUCACCAAAAUGUAGUUAACUUGACAAGAAAACUGCAGGAGGAAGAAGCAGAUAAGUCAAAAUCGUACUACAGUGGUGCCCUUCCUCCGCCUUACGUUAAAUCAAAAGAUAAUGUAAUCCCUCCACCAUAUAUUAAGCCAAAAAAUGGCAAACAUGAAUCCGGCAGAGUUUCUAAGAAUGCGGGUUCCGAAGGUGAUGGAUUUUCCAUGGAUACUUCACCCCAUGAUAGGGGGAAGGCAGUUGAUAGUUCAGACCGUAAAGUAGAUCAUUCUGGCCAGGAGUGGCAAGGUCGUCGACCUGCUAGAGUAAAGAGUCAUGGUCAUGAGAAAGAUCAUCAUUACCAGGAUGAUAUACCCUUGCCAAAACCAAGAUCCAUUAGGAGGAAACACUCAAAGUUCUCAUCUGGCCAUGAUGAUGCCUGCAGUUAUGAAGAUGGUGGGUUUCCAAAGAGAAGUUCAAGUAGCAGGAGAAGAGAGCAUUCAAGAAAGGACCUGCAGAUCUUGUUCAAUGAUGAGCAUUAUCAGAAAGAUGACGAGGAAAGGAUGAUAGAUAAACUGUUAUUACAUUACAGUAAAAAACCAUCAACCUAUGGCGAGGGAAAGUUGAGAAAAAGAUCACAAGCUCAUCCUUCACAUAAGAUAGCUCCUGAUGCUGGUGAUGACUACUACAAUCAAAGCAGGGAUGGGCAUGCUGUGAAGUCCGAAAUGGUUCCUACUCCCACCAGAUCCGUUUCUCUUCCCCGUGAGCAAACUGUUCCAUCAGAGGCCACGAAGGUUUUUACUCGUGUCAGCUCUUUCCACCCGGAUAACCAGGCACGACAUGUGCAUCCCAAGUUACCAGAUUAUGAUGAUUUGGCUGCCCGUUUUGCAGCCCUGAGAGGGCAGUAA